UGUGUUGUGUUUCAGUUCACGCGGGUCUGGAUCCCCGACCCUGACGAUGUGUGGAAAGCUGCAGAGAUCAUCAGAGACUAUAAAGAAGGAGAACCGGUGCUUCACCUCAAACUGGAGGAUGAAACGCCUCUGGACUACCCCGUGGGUCCUAAGACUAACCCUCUUCCUUUCCUCCGUAACCCCGACAUCCUGGUGGGAGAGAACGACCUCACGGCUCUCAGUUACCUUCAUGAACCUGCAGUCCUGCACAACCUCAAGGUCCGCUUCCUGGAGCCCAACCACAUCUACACGUACUGCGGGAUCGUGCUGGUGGCCAUCAACCCGUACGAGCAGCUUCACAUCUAUGGAGAGGAGGUGAUCCGGGCCUACAGCGGUCAGAACAUGGGCGACAUGGACCCUCACAUAUUCGCUGUGGCUGAGGAGGCCUACAAGCAGAUGGCCAGAGACGAGAGGAAUCAGUCGAUCAUCGUGAGCGGAGAAUCCGGAGCAGGAAAGACGGUUUCUGCAAAGUACGCCAUGCGGUUCUUUGCCACGGUGGGCGGCUCAGCCAGCGACACCAACGUGGAGGAGAAGGUGCUCGCCUCCAGCCCCAUCAUGGAGGCCAUCGGAAACGCCAAAACCACUCGAAACGACAACAGCAGCCGUUUUGGGAAGUACAUUCAGAUCGGCUUCAGCAAACAUUACCACAUCAUCGGAGCCAACAUGAGGACGUACCUGCUGGAGAAGUCUCGCGUGGUGUUUCAGGCUGAAGAGGAGAGAAACUAUCACAUCUUCUACCAGCUGUGUGCCUCCGCCAGCUUCCCAGAGUUCAAAGACCUCGGCCUCACCAGCGCAGAAGAUUUCACCUUCACGUCUAUGGGAGAGAACAUCUUCAUCGAGGGAGUGAACGAUGCUGAAGACUUGGAGAAGACCAGGGAGGCCUUCACACUGCUGGGGAUAAAGGACAACAGUCAGAGCAGCAUUUUCAAAGUCGUCGCCUCCAUCCUUCAUCUGGGAAACAUCGAGAUCUGCUCGGAUCGAGACGGAGAGUCCUGUCACGUGUUGAGAGACGACCUCCACCUGAAGCACUUCUGCAGGCUGCUGGGGGUGGAGCUGCAGCAGAUGGAGCACUGGCUCUGUCACAGGAAGUUGGUCACCGCGUCCGAGACGUACGUGAAGAACAUGUCCACCAAGCAGGCGGAGAACGCCCGCGACGCGCUUGCCAAACACAUCUACGCCCGCAUGUUCGACUGGAUCGUGGAGCACAUCAACAAGGCCCUGCACACCUCCUCCAAACAGCACUCCUUCAUCGGGGUCCUGGACAUCUACGGCUUUGAGACAUUCGAGGUGAACAGCUUUGAGCAGUUCUGCAUCAACUACGCCAAUGAGAAACUUCAGCAGCAGUUCAACUCUCAUGUGUUUAAGCUGGAGCAGGAGGAGUACAUGAAGGAGCAGAUCCCCUGGACUCUGAUAGACUUCUACGAUAACCAGCCCUGCAUCGACCUGAUCGAGGCUCGACUCGGCAUCCUGGACCUGCUGGACGAAGAGUGUAAAGUGCCGAAGGGGACGGACCAGAACUGGGCACAGAAGCUCUACAAGCAGAACUCGAGCAGCCCUCACUUUCAGAAACCUCGUAUGUCCAAUGUCUCCUUCAUCAUCAUACACUUCGCUGAUAAGGUUGAAUAUCAGUGUGAAGGAUUUCUGGAGAAGAACAGAGACACCGUGUACGAGGAGCAGAUCAACAUCCUGAAGGCCAGUCAAGUAAGAACCACUGAACCACUGAACCAGAACCACUGA